AUGGCACCUACUCCAUCCGAUUUCGCAUUCGCAGACAAGUGGUUCCUCGUGCUGGUGGAUGCACACUCGAAGUGGGUGGAGGUGUUUUGGAUGAAUUCAACAACGACCGAAAAGACCGUCGAGAGGCUGCGUGGGGUGUUCGCAUCGUAUGGCCUUCCAGAGGAGAUUGUUACGGACAACGGGCCUCAGUUCACGGCAAAGAGUUUCACAGAGUUCCCGCUUAAGAACGGAGUGCGGCACACCAGAACACCUUUAUACCACCCGGUGUCCAAUGGAAGCGCCGAGAGAUGCGUCCAGACGGUGAAACGGGAUCUCACGCGACAGCUUCUCGACGAAAGGUCAUCGGGCCAGAGUAAGACCCUACAGCACCGCAUAGAUCUCUUUCUGUUCAGGUACCGGAACACACCGACCACAAUCACGGGGCAGACACCGGCAGAACUGUUUUAG